AUGCUGCGUGUGUCCCGCAUGCUGGAGCGUUUACGCGCGUGUACCGAAGCCUCCGCGCGUAACCGACACUGGACCAAAAUCGCCGAGCUGUCAGUGAAGUUCUCGAGUACUAAAACUGCUCCGCGCUUCCGAAGAAUGGAUUAUCAGGAUGCGGUUUGCACGCUCAACACCCUCCAGACGAACGCCAGCGCACUGGAGCAGGUGAAGAGAGAGAGAGGACAUCCUCAGCUCCAGCUGCAGGCCAUGAGAGGCUUCCUCCAGCGGGCAGGACUCAAGGCAGAAGAACUUGAUCGUCUUAAUAUUAUUCAUGUGACUGGAACAAAAGGAAAGGGUUCUACGUGUGCCUUUACAGAACAGAUUUUGAGAAAGUAUGGCUUCCGGACUGGAUUCUACAGUUCACCUCAUUUGGUGCAAGUGAGAGAGCGAAUCCGAAUCAACGGGCAGCCAAUAGGAAAAGAGCUGUUCACCAAAUACUUCUGGCAGGUGUAUUGUCGACUGGAGGAGACGAAGGAUGCCCAUGGCGGCAGCAUGCCUGCUUAUUUUCGCUUUCUCACCAUCUUGGCCUUUAAUGUCUUUCUGCAGGAGAAGGUUGAUUUGGCAGUCAUUGAGGUUGGGAUCGGUGGAGCUUAUGACUGCACCAAUAUUAUCAGGCAUCCCUGGGUGUGUGGCAUCUCCUCUUUGGGUAUAGAUCACACCAGCAUACUGGGAGACACCAUUGAGAAAAUUGCUUGGCAGAAAGGAGGGAUUUUCAAGCGAGGAGUUCCUGCAUUCACAGUCAAACAACCUGACGGGCCGAUGAAGGUGCUUCAAGAGAGGGCAGAAGAAAUUGGGUGUUCGUUAUCAGUGUGUCCUGAUCUGGAGGAGUAUGAGAGCGAGGGUUUGCUCAGCUUGGGUCUAGCUGGCCACCAUCAGCGCAGUAAUGCUUCUCUGGCUCUACAGCUCUCACACACCUGGCUGCAGAGACACUUCCUCACAGAUCCUGCGUCAUCUCCAGUAGAGUUCAGCGGUGUGAGUUCAGCUCCAGUGUUCAAGCCUAGUCCUACAAUGAUCAAAGGUCUUGCAGAGACUGAGUGGCCUGGGCGCAAUCAAACGCUAAAACACGGUCCUGUGACGUAUUUCCUGGAUGGAGCUCAUACUACUCGAAGCAUGCUGGCUUGUGUCCGCUGGUUCAAUGAAGUCACACCACAACAUGAGAAAAAUACUGGGGGUACGGUGCUGAGGGUCCUCUUAUUCAACGCUACAGGAGAGAGAGACUGUGCCGCUAUGCUCAAACUGCUCAUACCCUGUCACUUUGACUUUGCUGUGUUCUGUCCAAACAUCACAGAGGCCAUAGCGACCUGUAAUGCAGACCAACAGAACUUUAAUGUUUCCGUGGAAAACAUGCUCACGCGUUGCUUGGACAACCAGCAGAGCUGGCGCAUUCUGAAUGGGCAGGAGGAGAAGCCAGAGGCGGAGCUUCUGAUCGGAGGAGGUUUGCCAUUGGUGGCAGAAAGACACAGCGACACACUGGUGUUUCCCUGCAUCCUCAGCGCCCUGCAGUGGAUCAGUCAGGGAAGAGACUCUGUUCUGUCCGACCCAAAUAAAUGUGUCAUACCCCUUAAACCUAGCAUAAACGCGAAAGCUGCUCCACUUCGAGAGGCUGUAAGCAUACACGUCCUCAUCACAGGUAGUUUACACCUGGUGGGAGGGGCUUUAAAACACUUGGACCCUGCUUUAAACUCUUAACGGACAUAUGCAUGUGUCUGCAGUGUCAGACCGCCUGCCAAACACAGCAAGAGCACCACCCAGUGCCUGAACCCUCUGUUUCGGUACUUAAAAGGAGUAGUUGAAUGAAGUAAAAAAAAAAAAAGAUUUGCUGAAAAUGUACUCAUCCUCAGGUCAUCCAAGGUGUAGAGGAGUUUGUUUCUUUAUCAGAUUUGGAGAAAUUUAGCAUUGCAUCACUUGCUCACCGAUGGAUCCUCUGGAGUGAAUGGGUGACGUCAGAAUGAGAGUCCAAAGAGCUGAUAAAAACAUCACAAAAAUCCACAAGUAAUCCACAAAACUCCAGUCCAUCAGUUAAUGUUUUGUGAUGUGAAAAGCUGUGUGUUUGUAAGAAACAAAUCCAUCACUUUUUACUUUAAACCAUUGCUUUCAGCUAAAAUAUCCAUAAUCCAUAACACUUCCUCCUUUGGAAAAGUCCAUGCCUUUCCUCUCGCAUCAAAAUGCAACCACAUAAUUAUUUAUAAAACUUUUGGCUUGUAAACGAUGCUUGAUCUGUGCAUAUUUCUCUCCUGAUUCAGACAAGAUUACUUUUUCCACUGGAGAAAGCUAUAAUAUUUUUAGCCAUACAGGUUUCAAGGAAAAAUGUCUUGAUGGAUUUAUUUAUAAUAAUGGAUUUGUUUUACUUCACAAGAAGUUAACUGACGAACUGGAGUGGUGUAGAUUAUUGUGAUGUUUUUAUCAGCUGACGGCACCCAUUCACUGCAGAGGAUCCAUUGGUGAGCAAGUGAUGUAAUGAUACAUUUCUCCAAAUCUUUUUUUGAUGAAGAAACAAACUCAUCUACCAUCUUUGAUGACGUGAGGGUGAGAAAACUGUCAACAAAUGUACAUUUUUGGGUGAACUACUCCUUUAACAGUUCAGUAUUAGAAGGUUUUCUGCAAAUCAUGUUUGAAAUAUAUUGUUCUAGAAUCCAUGCAUUCUGUAUCCUGAAAAGCAUUGGACUAGUUCAUCCGUUUAUGUAAAAAGCACAUAAAUCUGAAUCUACUUGAGCUGUUUACGAAUACUAUAAUGGGUUACUUUAAUUUGAAGUACUUGCAUUCAGUUCAUUUUCUGUGUAAGCUUAUUUGUUUUACACUACAAUUUUGACGUUUUUAACUGGAUUUUUCCAUUCAUGAAGUAUAAAGUCAGGUUGCCUGUUCAUCAGUGUUUGUGUUUUUGUAUUGCACUGAAAUAAUUGGGCCAUAUAUAAAACACCGUUCUCUAAUAGUUUAAUGUGUCAUUUCUCACACAUGCACGGGAAAGUUUACAUUCAUAAGUGGAUGCAAAACAAUGUUCAAAGCAUGUCAACAUUGCGGUGCCCACAUCCGUUCAUAGUGAAUCCAAAUGUGUUAAAUGUUUGUGUGUGUGUGUGUGUAUAUACAUUACAGAACUGGAGAUGUAUACAAAUGGACUGUCAAAUAUGACUUAAUUUUUUGUAGCAUUUUAUGUAUUGUAGUAUUUUCAAAUACAACUUUGCAUUUUUGAAUAUGGUAACUUGGUUUUGGGAUAAUUUGUUAUAAAUGAAAGACUGGAUAAUUAAUAUAGCAAUAAUGUGACUAGAAAUGUAUUUUGACCAAUAAAUAUUAUACCAAUCUUGUCUUAAAGUGUAAAAGGGUGCUAUUAAAAGUCUUCGAGUGCUGUGUAUAACAGAUGGAAAGUAAAUAAAAAGAAAAAUUGAA